AUGUCUAUGAACGAAUCCGACUGUACCGUUCUACGGGAUGGCUUCCCUAGACCAUUCCCUGACACCCCUACCAAUGUCUUGGAGCAGUUCAAGAUGUCUGGCAAGGUGGUUGUCGUGACUGGUGGCGCUGACGGUAUUGGCUACGCUGUUGCGGAGGGAAUGGCUGAAGCCAACGCCCAUGUUGUGUUAUGGUAUAACUCAAACGAUGUAGCUAUCCAGAGAGCGCAAGAUCUUGGGGUUAAGCACAGUGCCAAAACUGCUGCUUACAAAGUCGACGUAUCGGACGCUGAGUCGGUGCAAAAAGCGGUACAGCAAGUGGUACAAGACUUUGGCAAGAUAGACGUCUUCGUCGCCAACGCGGGAAUGGCCAUCAGCAAGCCAAUCCUGGAACAGACUCUCCCCGAAUUCGAUAAGCAAAUGUCCGUGAAUGUCAACGGAGUUGUCUAUUGCUCCAAAUACGUCGGCGAAGUCUUCAAACGCCAAGGCAACGGUGUUCUCAUCAUCACCUCUAGCAUGAGCGCACAUAUCGUCAACGUCCCUGUCGACCAACCUAUUUACAAUGGCACCAAAGCAUUUGUGACGCAUUUCGGCAAGUCGCUAGCUCGCGAGUGGAGAGAGUUCGCCCGCGUCAACAUCGUAUCGCCCGGUUUCUUUGAUACCAAGAUGGGAGCUGGUCCACUAGCACUGAACGAAGCUUACCGCAUGUCGGUGCUUGGCAGACAGGGACAUGUGAAGGAAAUCAAGGGCUUGUAUUUGUACUUGGCCAGUGAUGCAUCCACAUAUACAACUGGAUCAGAUAUUAUCAUUGACGGCGGUUAUGUACUUCCUUAG